AAGAUGGCGGCGCCCAGCGAAGUGGCUGCGGCAGGCUCCGCCGAAGGCGAUGGUGGGGGCAGCGGCUUUGGGAUGUGGCUGGACGGACGGUUGGAGGCGCUGGGAGUGGACCGAGCUGUGUACGGCGCCUAUAUCCUGGGUGUCCUGCAGGAGGAGGAGGAAGAAGAGAAGUUGGACGCUCUGCAGGGCAUCCUCUCUGCUUUCCUGGAAGAAGACUCCCUACUUAAUAUCUGUCGGGAGAUUGUGGAACGAUGGUCGGAAACUCAGAAUGUAGUCACCAAAGUGAAAAAAGAAGAUGAGGUACAGGCCAUUGCCACCCUAAUUGAGAAGCAGGCGCAAAUCGUGGUGAAGCCCAAGAUGGUGUCAGAAGAGGAGAAGCAGAGAAAAGCUGCCCUCCUGGCCCAGUAUGCUGAUGUCACAGAUGAAGAGGAUGAAGCAGAUGAGAAGGAUGAUUCAGGUGCCACCGCAAUGAACAUUGGUUCUGACAAAUGUAUCCUUCUCUGUGUCCACCCCCAUGUGUUUCUCCAUAGAAUCCUUGAAGCUCUGUUCCGAAACACCAAUGUGGAAGAUGUCCUCAAUGCCCGAAAACUGGAGCGAGACUCGCUUCGGGAUGAGUCCCAAAGGAAGAAGGAACAAGACAAGUUGCAGAGGGAGAGGGACAAACUAGCCAAGCAGGAGCGCAAGGAAAAGGAAAAGAAAAGGACACAGAAAGGGGAGCGAAAGCGAUAACCUUGGCCUACUCUCUCCUUUCUCCCAUGAACUUGAUCAAAGGGAGAACUGAUUGUACACAUGUGUAUUUAAGAAAAAUGAGAGAACAUUGCAAAGUGGUUUCCCAAGGCAUUUCCCCUUUUGUUUACGUGGUCAAAAGGAAAAUCACAAACACUUUUAAUUACAAAAUGUGCCAUGUCUCUGUGGUAUGAGUAAUCGGAUUAUUGUAGUUGAUGUCUUUACCAAAGAGAUGGACUGAGGGCAACCUCUGUUUUUUAAUACAGAAAUCCUGUGCUCCUUUCGGUCACGUUAAAGUCUUCCCUCACCUUGGAUAAAUAGCAGGAUUCAGAAAGCUAACAGUUAGUUUUCAGCCUGAAGGAGCAGAAACAUCACCAUUCCUUCCCCAAGAUGAAAUGUAAGAGUGCAGAUUGUUUCCAAGGCAGUGUUCAGCCCUAAAUAAUGUUGUUUUAUGGCUGAAAUAGAAAGCUAAUGAAGAGCUCUACCUGGAUCCAGAUUUUAUGUUACAUGGCAGCAAACUAGGAAAAUGGGAAGAAGUUAUUUGGGGGGUGUUCUAGAUUUGAGGAUUUUUUUUUUUUUUUUUUUUAAGUUUCAGCCUAUGGGUAGAAAAGAAGUAUCGUUUUAAUAGAGGUAGGUAUUUUUCCUCAUCUAGGCUGUGACUUUAAGAAGGAGGUGUCCUUAUCAGUGCAAAUAUCAUUAGCUUGAUUUCCUAAAAUCAUGACUCCUUGAAUGCUGAUGGAAAUCUUAAUCUAAUUUUCCCUAAAAGGUAUGAGUAUAAAGACCUCUGAUAAUUCCUUGUUUAGAGAAACUGGAGAAAUCACCCUUUUAAGAAAGAAACACUGGAAAUCUCUGCUAACACAGAUAGUUAAUAAUGUAUAUAGUAGGUGCUUAACAAAUUUAUCGAAUGAAUGAGUGAAUGGAAAAUUGCUUGGGAGGUCAAAAGUGAGCAGGAGCUCUCCAUUUCUACUUUUGUCGUAAGCCACAUUCAGUUGUAAACAAGGCCUUUCUCUAUUUGACUUCCAGGCAGCAGACUGUCAAGCUUGAAGAGUGCAAUUUCACUGACGAAACAGAAAGUAGAUACUCUAUACCAGGGGUUGGCAAAUUAUUGCCCACAGGUCAAAUUUGGCCUGGCUUGUUUUUGUAUGGUACAAGCAAAUGAUGUACAUUUUUAAAGGGUUGUUAAAAAAGAAUACAUGAAAGAAUACAUGACAGAGACUAUAUGUGGCUCACAAAGCCUAACAUAUUUACUAUCUGUCUCUUUACAGAAAUAAUCUGCCAACUUCUGUUUUAUACUCUUGACUAUGAGAUUAACAAAAAACUUUACCAUUGUGCAGAAGGUAAAAAGAUGCAUGGUUAAGGAAAAGGAGAUGUGUUUUACCUCUUCGUACACCUAUAGCUGUGACAUUGCAAAAAUAAAAAAAAAACACCUUUUUAAAAAAAUAAACUAUUACAUCACUGUC